AUGUCAAAUCCAAAGGUUUUCUUUGAUGUUCUUAUUAGCAAGAUGAAAGCUGGUCGUGUUGUUAUGGAGCUCUUUGUUGAUAUCACCUCAAAAACUGGUAGGGAUUUCAUAAGAGGGAAUGGUACUGGAGGAGAAUCAAUCUAUGGCAUGAAGUUUGCAAAUGAAAACUUCAAGCUAAAGCAUAUAGGACAUGUUGUUCUUUCAAUGGCAAAUGCUGGUCCAAACACCAAUGGUUCCCAAUCUUUUAUUUGUAUUGAGAAGACCUCAUGGCUUGAUGGAAUGCAUAUUGUAUUUGGUAAAGUUGAUUAG